AUGGAUCUUGGAAGACCGGACCUAAGCCGGCGAAGAUCGGUGCCGGCAGUCGGCCAACUAUCUUUAGACGACGUUGAGGCCGUCGAGGUUCAAAUACGAAAUCUAUCCGUUACUGUCGAUACGUCGCCAUCGAUAUGGGAUCCUGCUACUUACCCCGAUUUAUUAAAAUCCUUUCGGAAAGGUCGCAGCGGCCCAACGACUAAAUCUCUCCUGAAUUCGGUCAACGCCUCCUUGAAGCCCGGUACUUUGACGGCGAUUCUUGGUGGCAGUGGCUCCGGAAAGACGACUCUGUUGAAUACAGUCGCGGAACGUAUGUUCAGCUCUCGGCUUUCGCAAAGUGGAACCACCACGUUCAAUGGACAGCAAGGGGUGCAUUCUGUAAGGCACGCAUAUGUAAUGCAACAGGACAUACUGCUCCCAACUCUGACGGUACGAGAAACGCUGCAAUAUUCGGCCGACUUAAGAUUACCGCCACCAACUACGAAGGAAGAGCGUAUGCGCAUCGUGGAAGAGGUCAUCCUCGAAUUGGGUCUGAAGGAUUGUGCGAACACCAGGAUCGGCAAUCACCAGCAUCGAGGAUGCAGCGGUGGAGAAAAGCGAAGAGUGAGCAUCGGCGUGCAACUCCUGGCAAACCCGUCGAUUCUCUUCUUGGACGAGCCGACUACCGGGUUGGACGCGACGAGCGCUUACCAACUCGUCAGGACUCUCAAGGCUCUGGCGAACAAGGGCCGGACUAUCAUCACCACUAUCCACCAACCGCGUUCCGAGAUAUGGGAUCUGUUCGAUAAUCUAGUGAUCUUGUCCAAGGGAAGUCCGGUUUACUCUGGCGCGAUGAGAGAGUGCAUCCCGUGGUUUUCAGAUCUUGGAUUCCAACUGCCUGCUUUUGUUAACCCCGCCGAAUUCCUCAUCGACCAAGCCGCCGUCGAUAACCGCUCUCCUGAGCUCGAGGAGGAGAGUACUAUCAGGGUCGAGCGUCUGAAGGCGGCUUGGAACGAAGAGUCGCAGAGGCUUUUCUCGACGUCUUCGUCUGAGAAGACCGUCGAGUCGAAUGGUACACCCAAACGACCCAGGAUAGGACAGCAUGCAAAUUUCUUCCGUCAGCUACGAGUACUAACAGACAGGGCGCUUAAGGUGACCUACAGAGACCCGAUGGGAAUGGCUGGUUCUAUAAUGGAGGCGAUUCUCAUGGGGAUCAUCACGGGGUACAUCUUCUUCAACCUUUCCCGGGAUCAACCCGGCAUCCGAUCGAGGCAGGCCGCAUUGUAUAUCUCGGUCGGUCUACAAGGCUAUCUGUUUCUAACAUUCGAAAUAUUUCGUUUGACCUUGGACAUCCCAACGUUCGACCGCGAGAACAGCGAAGGCUGCGUGACCGCUCUUCCAUUCGUCUUAUCCCGUCGACUAGCGCGUCUGUUUACCGAAGAUAUACCCGUUCCGUUUUUGUACAGCGUCAUCUUUUACUUCAUGGUGGACUUCGACUCGGACGCGUCCAAGUUCUUUACGUUCUUCUCCAUAAUUCUUCUUAACCAUUACAUUGCCGUCACGUUGGCUAUGACGGCCGUUGCCGCUGUGAGGCACUUCCCAGGAGCCAGUCUGAUCGCCAACCUUGCGUACACCCUGCAAAGCAUGGCUUGUGGCUAUUUCAUACAAAGUAACACGAUGCCUGUUUACGUAAGGUGGACGAAGUAUAUCACAUAUACGUAUUAUGCGUUUGGGGCUCUUUGUGGCAACGAGUUCGAGGACAGCUUCUACGAUUGCCCCUUACCCGGCGGUGAGUCCAAUCCGGCCUGCGCUCAAUAUACCGGAAGAUACAUCAUGGAGAACCUGGGAUUUCCUCGAAACUGGGUGGCGAGACCAAUCAUCGUCUUGGUUGCCUUCGCUCUUCUCUUCUUGACCACGUCCUGGGUCGGAUUGGCCUUCCUCAAGGUAGAGAUGACAAUUGCACGAGCUCGAGUGUCUGAUACAGAUCUUUCAGCCGGAAAAGAAAAGAUGAUGGCGAGGUCGAUUCAUGAAGUGCGGGCUAUAGACGUUGGCCUAGACGAAUUCUCUUUGGCGUUGGAUAAACGAUCGAUAACUGGGAGAAAGUUACCAACUAAGACAAUACUUAAUCCUGUUACGGCAACCUUCCAAGCUGGGACACUUAAUGUGAUAAUGGGACCAUCCGGGUCGGGAAAGACAAGUCUACUUAACGCUAUGGCUUUGCGCCUGAAUAAUACGAUUGGAACUAGGUACCGGCCAUCGGGGAAGCUAUCUUUCAACGACGCUGUCCCAUCAGAUUCGGUAAUACGAUCGGUCGUGUCAUACGUCUGCCAAGACGACGACGGUUUGCUUCCAUCUCUCACGGUACGCGAGACUCUACGCUUUGCAGCGGGUCUUCGUCUUCCCUCAUGGAUGAGUAAAUCGGAAAAAUAUCAGCGAGCAGAGGAGAUUCUGGUUAAGAUGGGUCUGAAAGACUGCGCGGACAACUUGGUCGGCAACGAGCUCGUGAAGGGUAUCUCGGGAGGAGAGAAGCGUCGAGUUAGUAUAGCGGUACAGAUUCUCACGGAUCCCCGAGUACUAUUAUUAGACGAGCCGACGAGUGGAUUGGAUGCAUUUACAGCAAGCAGUAUCUUGGAAGUGCUCCAAGGUUUAGCUAGAGAAGGUCGCACGCUUAUUCUCACUAUACACCAAGCUAGAUCCGAUAUCUUCAACCAUUUCGGGAAUGUUUUGUUGCUCGCUAGGGGUGGUUCUCCCGCCUAUGCCGGCCCAGCGAAGGAUAUGUUGCCUUAUUUCAGCAAACUUGGCUACCAAUGUCCCCAACAUACGAACCCGGCCGAUUUCGCACUCGACCUCAUUACUAUCGACUUGCAAGAGGCGAACCGAGAAGCGGAAAGUCGGGAAAAGGUCCAAAAGCUUAUUGAAUCAUGGGAUAUGGUAGCGAAAGGUAAAAUCCCAUCGACAUCACAUACUAACCCCCGGCUUUCAAACAUUAGCGAGACAGACGAGUCGGAUAGGAAGAUGGAGAAUGAAAAGGGGACAAGUAUUGGGCGACCUGUUAGUUCCGAGGGCGCUAAAAACGGUGAAGCAGUUGAUUCAGGAGAAGGAGGUGAACCGGUCAAAGAAAUUGCUACCGAGUCAGAUGGAGCACUGGAAAGGCGCCUCUCAAAUCCAGUGCCCCGGCGUUCGUUAAAUAAAAACGCUUUAGCAACGCCGGCGGAGCUAGGAGCCCUCGUCCACAAGCGUGCAUCCUUUAUAACGGCAUUCCCGCUCCUAUUACACCGCGCAACCAUCAACUUCCGGCGACAACCGCCUCUUAUCUUAGCACGCACGAUGCAGGUCCUAGGAUUAGCCAUCGUCCUAGCGUUGUUCUUCGCGCCGGUGCAUAACGACUACUACAGCGUGCAGAACCGCGUGGGCUUCAUACAGGAAAUAGGCGCUUUCUACUUCGUCGGCAUGCUCCAGAACGUCGCGGUGUAUCCGGCCGAGAGGGAAGUAUUCUACCGCGAGGACGACGACGCCGUGUAUAGCGUCGAAGCUUUCCUCACGACGUACACGCUCCUCGAGGUACCCUUUGAGAUUCUAGCCUGUCUGCUCUUCGGUAUCUUAACCGACUUUGCUGUUGGUUUCCCCCGCACCGCGGAGAUGUACUUCGUAUGGGUGUUCAGCUGUUUCGGGGUCGUAUCGUGUGGCGAGAGUCUAGGAAUUAUGUUCAAUACUCUGUUCAACCACACCGGCUUCGCUGUCAACUUAAUCUCUAUCCUAUUAUCAGUCGCCCAGAUCAUGGCGGGUAUCAUGUCGAUCAACAUGCCGGAGCUAUUCAAGAUCUUCAACUAUAUCAGCCCACUGAAGUAUGCGACGGCGGCUUUGUCGCCGUAUACACUGAGGGGUGUUAAGUUUACAUGCGAUGACACUCAAAGAUUACCCAACGGCCGGUGCACAAUCGAGACAGGCGAGCAGGUUCUAGAUCUUUACAAGCUGAACGUCGACCCUAUAGUCAACAUCGGCGCGUUAGCAGCGACAAUUGUUGCAUACCGACUUGUCGCAUGGCUCUUGUUGAGGCUAGUUAGAACAAGAUGGAAGAGUGUUGUUGAGAAGACGAGGUUAUGA